UAGCCUUCGAUGAUUUCAGUCACCGAAUUGGAUUAAAACAUUCUUCCAACAAUCAACAUCGAGUCUAGCUCUAAUAGGUACAGAACCAACACCGCACUGGCACCGGGGUGGUGAUUGAAGCAUAAUGAUCUGCUGUUUGACUCUUGCGCCCGAGAAGAAGUGAAUGCCGUGGACCACGCUCGCUGGCGCAUACGUGGGGAAAAUCAUUCAACCGUCACGUCGUCAUGUCCCAUCAGUUUACCGUCGCGCCGCCGCGGCCGGAUGGAAAAGCGUUUUGCCACCGCGUCGUCGCCGUUCGGUUUACGCGCUGCUGAUGAUGUGUGCUUCUCUUAAUUUGUGCGACUUGCGUUACCUACUGGUGAAUGCGGGAAAAAAGGGAAAAAGUGCGAAGCGUAGCCAAUGGAUGUGAUUACUAGUUUGGAUCGAACUGGGCCGGAAAGUGCGCGGUCUGAAGCGACGAACUCAUAGACCAACAACGGUUCUUGAAAGUGCUGACGCUGCUGCUCAAGUGGUCAUCAUCCGUACCGGAUGGGAUAUACCUCCGUCUUUUUGUGAAUGCUAAUCUCAGCUAAUUGGAUGGAACUAACCAACACCGUUCUGCUGUACGUGGUGACGUAUGUGUUUAUGUAGCGGACCCAUGCAAGUACAUACCGAGAUUCUUGGAGCGAACAGCAUCUCAUCGGUAAUCUAGGAGGGCGAAGUAACACAGAGGCUAACAGGGAACCAAUCCCGCGUAAUGCGGCGGCUGCCCUAAAUAAUUUAGCUAAUGCCUUUCAACUCUACAUUUGCCGUAUGCUUUGCAGUUUUGUGCGCGGGCAGGACCACCAAAUACAAUUUCCUGAUGCCUUUCAGGUUUUGCUACUGCCCCCCAUGUGUGUCUCAUAAAGUAGACUGGCAGCGACACACGCGAUCCCGUAAGCUCAACCCCAUUGACCACCGUUUGUCUGUAGCGAAUUGAAAGUGAAAAUGUUUGUCGAACAAAGCGAAAAUGUUGUAACCUUACCGGCUUCGGCUGUGGCGGUGGCGAUGAAGUUUACAAUAACCAUUGCAAAUCAACUCUAAGUGCCCAGUCAAUAGCAGCAUGACGUGCACAGAUGACUGCACCUGCAGUCUCUGUCGGGAGCUACGCGGUUACAAACUCAAAGUGAAACCUUCCAGCAAGUGUGAGCGUUCUUCCGGUAGCGUAGAAAGCUCACCUGCUACGGGAAAGCCCCAACCACAAGGAUCCAAAUAUUGUAAGAACAGUAAACUUAGUCGGAAUGACAAUUUCAUUCUCAAAAGACGAAUGUCGUCGGAUUACAACAAGGAUGGCCGCCAUGGUGCUACCGCGGCACCAUUGGCGGGUGCAUCAACGACGGAUAUAAACUACGAGUUUCCGGAACAAGCAGCCAUCACAUCUCGGCAGCUCAACCGGAUGAAGAAGGCGCAAAGCUACAAUGAAAUCUCUUGCUUUGCGAAGAUCAACAAAAACCGUUACAGCGGAGGUGUGAUCGAUCCAAAGAUGAUCAAAAGCACCACUAACCUCACCGAGGAAGACUACUUCAGCUAUUUGCCACCAUCCCCGCCACCCUCAGUAUCCGCCUCCGCGCAAAACAUCAAGAACAAAAUAGAAAAGCAAAAAGACCACAAAGUGAUCAUCUACUUUGGCGAUAGUAUAGCCAAUAAGAAAUCUGAUAAACCAAAACCUCCCCCAUCCACUCCACCACCUCCAAAAACCACCGAACUAAACGUAUUUCACGCACAACGUCUCUGUGAGGAAACGGCCGAAAUGCACUUCAAGCGACAAAACUCAAUCAUCCUCAAACCAAAGCGUAAAGAUACCUCAGAACAAAACAAACCCGGCAAAGAAUUCAUGCAACAACUCAAAUCUGUACUGGAAGAGAAAAAUAAGACUGCUGGUCCUACGGGGGCACCGACUGUGGAUCCAAUGGGCCCAGGCUGUUCAGCAACGGUUGUUAUUACGCAAAAGAAAAGCUCUCCAGCGCAACCGGAAGCUAGCCACAAACUACCGACAAUAGUCGCCGAACAGCCACUGAAACCGAAGCAUACCCAAGUGGUGGAGAUACGGCGGGUUGAUAAGACGGUUGCAGCUCAAACGGAAACAGUCGACAAAGCGUUACCGUCGUUUGUGGAAAGCGUCGUCGACGGGGUCAUCAACAUCAAGAUCGAAGAAAGCUUCAAGGUCGCAACGGAUAUCGUGCAGGCCGUAUUUCAGCACGAAUCUAGCGAAGAAGGGUAUGGCUGCAAUGAUGACGAAGUCGGUGAUCCAUUCGACUGGAGUUUCGUGCAGGACUGGCGGGCACGGCCAUCUGGAACCGUCACCAACGGGCAUGUCAAUACGCCGUCCAACAAUAGCAACUCCACUUCAGGAGUCAAUAGCUCGAGUAGCAACCUCCACAAUGGGUCCAACGGGCUUUCACCGGGGAAUCAUUACAUUGCCUCAUCGAACCCCGUCGCAUCUGGACCACGAAUCCAGAGUCCUGCAGUGGCCACUCCAGCUCCUCGAGUCUCCAAAGAGCUUGCGCUUCGUCCUUCGAAUCAUGGCAACCAGGUAGAUCCUCGUAAUUACAAUUUAUCACCCGUUCAAAGCUUGCAGCAAAGUGGAGACACCACCGGUUCGAGUGCUGCCAGCCAUGGCAGCAAUCACAAUCUGUCCUACAACACCUCGGCCAUGAUCCCCGAGAGAGACGUAGGCCCUACCAAAUUUUCUAAUGGAAACAUUAAACAACAACAUCAUACCCCUCCGCAUGGACUUCAUCAACAAUCUAGCGGUCCCGUAUCGUCCCACCACACAGCAAUCCCGCAGCAGCAAGGUCCCCACAGAUCCGUAUCAGGUCCAACCAAACUAACCGUCCAAAGCUCUCCAGUCAAGUGCCAACCAGCCAUGAUCAGUUCUGGAUUGGAUAAGUCCAACAUCCAGCACAAUGCCAAUGGAUACAACGCCAAACGGCUCAACUCAAGCGGUCUUAGCAAUAGCAACGAUAAUCUCCUCAACUCUCCAACAUCCUCUGCAGAACCCCACAACACCAGUAGCAACAGCUCCAGCAACGCCAGCAGUAUGAGCCAUCUUAAACAACACUUCACCCAAAACCAUCAUGCCAUGCCAGCUUACCACCACCAACAAUCGCAGCCCAACUCUCUCGGAGGUCCGCCUCAGAAGUCUCUCGGCAUCACAAGAACCCACCACCAUACUGGAACGCACGACUUCCGCGGCCUUCAGCGGGUCAACGAAUGUCACAGCUCGUCGGAUGAAAAUCGUUCCUCGGGACACGCAUCCAUGUCCGACACAGGUCAUGGCAGCAGCUCUCCAGGAGGUAACCGUGCUAAUGGACCACUAGGCCCUUUACCGGAAGACCGCUUAGCAGCUGGAGUCACAAACCGAAGCGCUCGUUCCAGAGCAAGUACCAAUCAUUCGCGGUCCCGACAUCGAGCCACACCAGCGAAAAUUCCGUGGGGAGGUGGAGGGUUAGAGGACAUAAAACUAGCCAUUCAGCAACUGACCAUGCGCUCACAUACCAGCACUUCAACCUACAGCAGUUUAAGUGCCGGAUCGGAGAGUUCAGAACCCGAGCGAAGACUCGGAAGAUAUAGCUCUCUGGAAACUGUAAAUACCAAUGUAACUAGCGCAGAUGAGUUUGUCUGGGUAGAUUCGCACAACCGUUUGGUGGAGUUGCAACAUCCUCCCUGGAGCCAGCAUUGUGUUCUACGGGUCCUACGAUCCGGUCGUUGUAGAGAACAUUCCGAAAGAGUUUCCGUCGAAGCGGUUCCUCGGUUGGGCUACCUUUUGCAGCGAGCGUUGGUCCGAGUUGCCCGGGAAGUGCAACGCCUCUCCGGCAGUUUAGGUCUGUGCUCGAAGCAUGAAGUUUCGGGAGCAUUUAAAAUUGUGUUGUCACCUGCCUUGGCGGAUUCUUGUAUUAAAGCCUGCCUGCGUGCUGCAGCGAUGUUUGCUGUGCCAGGGGACAGUGCCCUGAAGCAGAGUAAAUCGGCCCGAGCAGGUCUUCAACUGCCGGUGGGAAGAUUCCAUCGCUGGAUGGCCGACGCUCGUUUGGGUCGUUUUGUGCACGAGUAUGCUGCAGUAUACCUUUGCGCGGGUUUGGAGAACUUACUGGAAGAGAUAUUUUUACAGUGUCUACCAACGGAUCCUACUGCUACGCUAACUGCAAGUGGUUUGGAGCAUGCCAUUGCCAAUUCAGGGGAUUUGUGGGGGCUUUUACAGCCUUAUGCCCAUUUGAACGCAGGGAGGGUUGCAUCCGGAGCCCUCACUAUGCCACGUUGGGCCAGUCAAUCGUCAAUUAACUCUAAUGCACAAAAUCCUGCGCUGGAACCUUGUUUAUUAACCACAUGCGUAGGAAGCCUGAAUGAACUGAAAGAUUUAGUUCAACGAGCUCAGCUAAGAAGUCAACACAUAACAAUGUCACAGUCUGCCUUACGAGUAUUAUUUUAUUUUAUGCGAUGCUCACAGCUAGAGCACAACGACAUUGGAGUUGCCACGAAUGGCGGAGGAACAAACAUCCAGGAGCUCUGUUACGAACGAGCUUAUGUCGUUUUACCUCCCCUUGUAGAGUGGCUACGCGUUUCCUCUGCUCAUGCGGAAUAUCGCCACGCUUUGCUUAUAGAUAAGGAUGACAUUAUGCAAGCAGCUCGUCUACUUCUACCUGGAGUAGAUUGCCCACCUAGGUUAACCAUUUCGGAAGAAGAGUUACCGUCACGGAGACUUACACUGUCCAGCCAAAGUAUAGCGUCGUCGAACCACUCCGGUCAAACGCAACCUCUUCACGGAUCAUUGUCGUCCAAUUCGUCUACCUCGACUACCAGCAGUAAUAUUGAGGAUUCGAGUGAAUGUGGGAGACGGGCGACGUACGCCCUGGCCUUCCGUUUGAUGCUGACCGGUCGUGCAGAACUCCUUAUCCAAGCACUUUCAUUAGUACCCCCAACGACUCGUUAUGAUACUUUGAACCAUCAAGGUCUAACGGCACUGAUGAUCGCGGCUGUUCGCAAUGAUGAUGCUGCCAUCCAAACAUUGCUGGAUGCCGGUGCUGAUCCGAAUAUCGAAGUCCCAGCUGUUGGUUAUCCCAACUGUGCGGCUAUUCAUCCGGAAACACAGCACUGGACGGCGAUAACUUUUGCUGCGUGUAAAGGAAACUAUCAAGCUCUUCGCACAUUGCUGGAGCGUGGUGCCCACGUGGAAGGUGGCGCUCGGCUAAGUGAGGACAAGUGUACUAUAACUCCGCUACAAGUUGCCAGCGGUGGAGGCGUUGUGGAAGUUGUGUCUAUGCUGUUGGCUCAUGGAGCCCAUGCUUUCCUUUCCACGCAGCUCAAGGAUUCACUAAGCUUUUCGGGCAGUGCCCAACGAGGUUGCUACAGUGCGAUUUCUGUUGCUGCUGCCCAUGGACAACGCGUGUCUUUGCGAAAGCUUCUGUCCCACCCGCUAGCUCCAGGGAGCCGUGAAGUUCUGUCACUGGAAGAGAUGCUUGCUGAAGGUGAUAGCACCAGCCGCACUCAGCUGGAUCGGCAGACAGAAGUUCCUCCGACCUUGAAUAAAACGCAAAUUAAAAGUCUUCAAGAGGCCAUGUAUCACAGUGCUGAAAAUAACCAUCUAGAUAUAACUAUUGAGCUGCGCGCGCUUGGAGUUCCUUGGACACUUCAUUGUUGGAUGCACGCUCUGGCAGCUGCCCACGAACUACGACUGGACGCUGUCAUCGAUCAACUUCUGCAGGACUUCUUACAAGUCUGUCCCGACGACUAUAGUCAGCAGUUUGUGACGGAAUGUCUGCCGCUAUUGUUCAACAUAUUCCGUUAUAGUAAAAAGGAAGGUACAACCUUACUGUUGGCAGAUAUCUUCAGCACCUGCUUUGGCUGGGAACCAAUCAAGCCUAUCAAGGAGCCCGUGUUGCUGCCAUCAAAUGGAUCUAGAAUCGAUCCUAAAUUCGUGAACAACCCAGAGCUCAGCGAUGUGACGUUCAGAGUCGAGAAUCGCAUCUUUUACGGGCACAAGAUCGUUCUGGUAACCGCAUCACCACGUUUACAAAGCAUGUUGAGCUCCAAGCUGAAUGAAGGUACCGGAACGCCAACUGUUCAGAUCAACGAUAUCCGCUACCAUAUAUUCGAGUUGGUAAUGCAAUUCUUGUAUAGUGGAGGAUGUAACAGCCUGGACGUUGCUACUGGAGAUGUUUUGGAGCUAAUGGCAGCGGCCAGCUUCUUCCAACUGGAAGGUCUACUUCGCUAUACUGAAGCUCGCUGUGCCGAAAUGAUCGACAUCGAUAACGUCGUAGCCAUGUAUAUUCACGCAAAGGUUUAUAAUGCCCAGAAAUUGAUGGAGUACUGCCAGGGCUUCCUGCUUCAAAACAUGGUCGCUUUGCUAACGUACGACGACUCCGUUAAGCGAUUAUUGUUCGCCAAAAAGAUACCCAACCACGACGUCCUAAAUGGACUGCUUACCACGCUACAGAUUCGGAUCAAAGCCCGCCGAAGUGGAGUCAAUGCUGCUCCACCCCUUGCAGUAAAUGCAAUGCGACCUGCAUCUAACAAUAAAUCUAAAUAAGUUUAUUAGUUAGAGUGUUGUAUCUGUUUUUGAAUAUUAACUAACAUUAUCAAAGUUAUGUGUAUUAUGAAAAGGUUUUUAAUAACAUGUGUAUGUACAACUUGUAACAGUCGGAUAGCCAUUUAGAAAAAUGUAGAGCGAUAUUUAUAUAAAAAUUAACAAACAAAACUUGUACAUUCUUGUUAUCGUGGACUACAUAAGUUUAAUAACAUCAGUUAUGAAAAGCAACUGUUGUUUGAAACUUUAAUGCUAGGAAUAUUUUUACACAAUACUGACAUACAACCAGAAACAAUUCUUUGUGUUUAGAGCAUAUCUUAAUGAAAUAAAAAAAAACUAUUAUUCACACA